GCAGCUCGCGCGACCAGCCUCCUGGUCCAACGUCACAUUGUGCGAGAGACAAAACCCGGGCGCGCCGGAGCUCACACGCGCACGCAUACACGGACGACCGGGUCGCCUCUGCUCUCUCUACAUUCCCCAGAAAGCCAGCUCUCCUGGCCCUUCCUGGGGUGCGUGGAAACUCGCCAGUCUAGAACAACAGCCCAGAACCAAAGGCUGCGGACGAAGAACGCCGGCAGAGGAACCUUCUUUCUUCAUAGCCUGGGCGCCCCAUUCCCCACCCUGAACUCGGAGCUCUUCUCCCACCCCACCCCUCUGGGUCUCUGCCACGCACCCAGCCGGGAGCCGUUUCAGCACUUUGGACAGCGCCCGGGCGCCCCGCCGGUCUCCGGGUUAGCAUGGCGAGCGUUCAGCAAGGCGAGAAGCAGCUUUUUGAGAAGUUCUGGCGAGGAACCUUCAAAGCGGUGGCCACCCCGCGUCCCGAGAGCAUCAUCGUCGCCAGCAUCACGGCCCGGAAGCCGCUGCCGAGGACCGAACCCCAGAAUAGCCCCACGGGCCCCAUCCAGGAUGGGCCCUCCAAAAAGCUGGGUCAGCGCCUGGCCACAGAGGCCUUGGCCACCAACAGCUGGGAGAGAGACAAGGCCUGCCGGGACCUGGGUACUUCCAGGGCACGCAGUGCCUCCCAUGACAAAGACUUGACGCCACCACCUUCCUCCAGGGGGAAGAAGAAAAAGAAGAAAUCCACUCGGAAGAAGAGAAGGAGGUCCCCGUCCUACAGCCCAUCGCCCGUCAAGAAGAAGAAGAAGAAAAGUCCCAAGAAGCACAAGCGCCGCAGGUCAUUCUCCAAGAAGAGAAGGCACAGCUCCUCCAGCCCCAAAAGCAAAAGAAAGGAAGAGAAAAGGCACAAAAAACAAUCCCGAAGCCGGCCCCGAAAGUCUCAGCGCCACCGCCGCCCGCGCUGCACCUCCAGGUCCCAGAGCUCCGAGUCCCGCUCCGCAAGCUGCAACAGCAGGCACCGAGGCCGGUCUCCCGAAGAAGGGCGGAAGUCUCACCGCAGGCACUCCCGCCGCUACACCAGGAGCCUCUGCAAGGCCAGCCCGGAGGCCCAGGCCAGCCACCCGCCCAGCCAGCCUCUGCAGGCGCUCAGCUUCCUGUCGGCCAGGGGUAUAAUCCCUGGGUCGGGGUCUGCCGCUGACCCCCUGACCAAAGCAGGCAGCCAGCCCGCCACGGCGGCGGCUCGAGGACGCUCCCAGGAGUACGACUCCGGCAACGACACGUCCUCGCCGCCGUCCACGCAGACGAGCUUGGCACGCUCGCGGGGCCGGGGGCAGGCCAGCCCUGGGCAAGGCGGCGGUGGCGGCGGCCCUGGCAAGAGCCCGGAGCUGGGCAGCGGCAACACCUCCGAUUCAGGGAACUCCUUCACCACCUCCUCGCCCCAGAACAAGGGGGCUGCCUUGGAGAACCUCUCCCCCACCAGCAGGGGCCGGGAGUCAAGGAGCUUUCAAUCACCCUGCCUGGAAUGCAGCGAGGUCAAGAAGUUUGGUCUGGUCCUAUCCACCGGCCAGAGCUCUCCAGGGAGGGAGUGCUCCCGCAGCUCCUCCUACGCCAGCACGCGAUCUUCCUGCCGAUCCUCCCGGUCCCCAGGCCCCCGGGCCUCCCCCAAGUACACCCGAAGCAGGUCCACCUCCUCUGGACAAAGGUCCUACUCGCGCUCUCCCAGCUACUCCUCCAAGUCUGGCAAGAGGAGCAGAGGCUCCCGAUCCCGCCGCAGCCCCAGCUACUCCCGCUACAGUCCCAGCAGGGAGCGGGACCCCAAGUACAGUGAGAAGGACUCACAGCAGCAGCGAGAGCGUGAGCGAGUGCGCAGGAGACGGAGGUCCUACUCGCCUAUGCGCAAGCGCCGGAGAGACUCCCCCAGCCACCUGGAGGCGCGGAGGAUCACCAGUGCCCGGAAAAGGCCCAUCCCCUACUACCGGCCCAGCCCCUCCUCAUCCAGCAGCCUCAGCAGCUCCUCCUGUUGGUACAGCAGCAGCAGCAGCAGCCGCUCGGGCAGCCGCAGCUACUCCCGGAGCCAGAGUCGGAGUCGGAGUCGGAGCCGCAGCCGCAGCCGCAGCCGGACCCGCACCAGCGGCAGCAGCUCCAGCUCACGGAGUCCCAGCCCAGGCUCCCGCAGCCGGAGCCGCAGCUACAGCUCCGUACACAGCUACUGCAGCACCCGGCGCUAAGCCAGCUGUCUGCAGGGGCUGCCCUCCACCCCCUGCCCAUCCCCGUACCUUCUCCUGGGUGACUGAGGACUGCGUGAGCUCCUGGACCCUGUCCCUCCUGCUCUUCCGGGCGGAGGAGGAGGAAGGAACCCAGGGGUCUGGGCCGCCACGGCAACCUAUGGAGAGCCUCUACCAGCACCAUCCUGGGGCUCAGCGCAGGCCCAAGAGAAAAGGAGAGAAGCACCAA